CGGCGGGGACUGCAGGGGGAGCCCGCGGCCAGGGCGCCCCGGGGGACGGGGAGGCCUCUCUCGGGCCUCGUCUCUAUCGUGCGCCCGUCCCACUUUGGCUCAGCCUCGCCCAUCCCUGCGUCACCGAGACAAGAUGGAGACCGCCGAGGAAGACAUAUGCAGGGUGUGUCGGUCUGAAGGAACUCCAGAAAAGCCUCUCUAUCAUCCAUGUGUAUGCACUGGCAGUAUUAAAUUUAUCCAUCAAGAAUGCUUAGUUCAGUGGCUCAAACAUAGCAGAAAAGAAUACUGUGAAUUAUGUAAACACAGAUUUGCUUUCACACCAAUUUAUUCCCCAGAUAUGCCUUCCCGGCUUCCAAUCCAAGACAUAUUUGCUGGACUAGUUACAAGUAUCGGCACAGCAAUACGAUACUGGUUUCACUAUACACUUGUGGCCUUUGCAUGGUUGGGAGUUGUACCUCUUACAGCAUGCCGUAUCUACAAGUGCUUGUUUACUGGCUCUGUGAGCUCACUACUGACACUGCCAUUAGAUAUGCUUUCAACAGAGAAUUUACUGGCAGACUGUUUGCAAGGUUGCUUUGUGGUGACAUGCACACUCUGUGCAUUUAUCAGCCUUGUAUGGUUACGUGAACAAAUUGUCCAUGGAGGAGCACCACAGUGGCUGGAACAAAACCAGCAGCAAGCCAUCAAUGAUGUUGGACAACAGAAUGAGGUUCAGGGUGCUGGAAAUGGUGGAGCUGAAAAUGCUGCACUUGACCAGCCUGUGGACCAGCCUGCUGAGAAUGCAGUUGUAGGUGAAAAUCCAGAAAUCCAAGAAGAACAACCAGAUGAAGAAGAGGAAGACAAUGAAGAUGAAGAAGAUGUUGUAGUAGAAGAUGCAGCAGAUGCAAACAAUGGAGCUCAAGAUGACAUGAACUGGAAUGCUUUAGAAUGGGAUCGGGCAGCAGAAGAACUUACAUGGGAGAGAGUGAGUAAGCCCUAUGUAUUACAAAAACUGUUUAUUCUUAGUCAUGCAGACCUGGUGACUGGGGAUGGAUUCCCAUUCUUUGAUCUCAUCUUCAACUUCACAUUGUGUCCUCCUCAUCAUAUUGGUCAAUCUAUACUUUACCUACAAAACACUAAUGACGCCGGAUAUUUUUACUCUGAUACUGCUUUGUACUUUGGGCCUACCCACUCCUCUAAUAUUCUGAGUUUGGAGAUGUUUGAGCUAACAAGGGUCCUGGUUGGACAUUACUCCACCCACCCACAUAGACUCUUUCACAUAUGGGGGAAUGACUGGUUUUUGUCUCAAGGAGUGUACAGUUUAUGUUUUCAUGUUUUUCAGGUGCAAGCAUCUCACUUUGAAGGCCUGAUCACAACAAUAGUUGGCUAUGUGCUCCUGGCAGUUUCAUUAAUUGUUUGCCAUGGCUUGGCUGCACUUGUAAAAUUUCAAAGAUCACGUCGCUUGCUUGGAGUAUGCUAUAUCGUUGUCAAGGUAUCAUUGUUAGUUGUGGUAGAAAUUGGUGUUUUCCCUCUCAUCUGCGGCUGGUGGUUGGACAUAUGUUCUCUGGAAAUGUUCGAUGCAACUCUGAAGGACAGAGAGUUGAGUUUUCAAUCUGCUCCUGGCACUACAAUGUUCCUACAUUGGCUAGUGGGAAUGGUAUAUGUCUUUUACUUUGCAUCCUUCAUCCUUUUGCUGAGAGAGGUACUGAGACCUGGCGUCCUCUGGUUUCUGAGAAAUUUAAAUGAUCCAGAUUUUAAUCCAGUGCAAGAAAUGAUUCAUUUGCCCAUUUAUAGGCACCUCAGAAGGUUUAUUUUAUCAGUGAUUGUCUUUGGAUCAAUUGUCUUGCUCAUGCUUUGGCUUCCUAUAAGAAUUAUUAAAUAUCUGCUGCCUCAUUUUCUUCCAUAUAAUGUCAUGCUCUACAGUGAUGCUCCUGUGAGUGAACUUUCCUUAGAACUACUUUUGCUUCAGGUUGUACUACCAGCUUUGCUUGAACAGGGACACACAAGGCAGUGGUUAAAGGGUCUCGUACGGGCAUGGACUGUUACUGCUGGGUACUUACUGGAUCUGCAUUCUUACUUACUUGGAGACCAGGAAGAGAAUGAAAACAAUGCAAACCAACAGCCUAAUAACCAACCUGCUCGCAAUAAUAAUGCCAUUCCAGUUGUAGGAGAAGGUCUUCAUGCAGCCCACCAAGCCAUACUACAGCAAGGAGGACCUGUUGGUUUUCAGCCUUACCGUAGGCCUUUAAAAUUUCCACUCAGGAUAUUUCUGUUGAUCAUUUUUAUGUGUAUAACACUACUAAUUGCGAGUCUUAUCUGCCUUACAUUACCAGUGUUUGCUGGCCGUUGGCUGAUGUCCUUUUGGACAGGGACUGCCAAAAUCCAUGAAUUAUAUACAGCUGCUUGUGGACUGUAUGUUUGCUGGCUUACCAUUCGAGCAGUGACAGUGCUUGUUGCUUGGAUGCCACAAGGCCGCCAAGUGAUUUUUCAAAAAGUUAAGGAGUGGUCCCUCAUGAUAAUGAAGACAUUGAUAGUUGCUGUACUGCUGGCUGGUGUAGUUCCACUUCUGCUUGGACUUCUUUUUGAAUUAGUUAUUGUUGCUCCUUUGAGAGUUCCCUUAGAUCAGACACCACUGUUCUACCCAUGGCAGGACUGGGCUCUUGGUGUUCUACAUGCCAAAAUAAUUGCUGCCAUAACUCUGAUGGGCCCUCAGUGGUGGCUGAAAACAGUUAUUGAACAGGUUUAUGCAAAUGGAAUACGAAAUAUUGAUUUACACUUUAUAAUACGGAAGCUUGCAGCACCUGUUAUCUCCGUUUUGUUGCUUUCUCUCUGUGUACCUUACAUCAUAGCUUCUGGUGUUGUACCCUUACUAGGUGUCACUCCUGAAAUGCAAAACUUGGUGCAGCGUCGUAUUUAUCCCUUUCUACUCAUGGUAGUGGUUUUGAUGGGAAUCUUAUCCUUCCAGGUCCGUCAGUUCAAGCGCCUUUAUGAACAUAUUAAAAAUGACAAGUACCUUGUUGGACAGCGACUUGUGAACUAUGAACGAAAAACUGGGAAACAAGGGACAUCUCCGCCACCACCCCAGUCUUCACAAGAAUAGAAGUGGUCACAUGGAUUUACUUGAUAUUCCCUUGCCUUUGUGUCCUUUUUCAUAGACUGGUCUUCAUUCUUUGGGUGUCUUUCCCAACAGUCCUCUCAGCUGGGUUUUUAUCUUUUAAUUUUGGCUUCUUUUUUCAUGGUAUUCAGAUAGCAGUUAAGGCUGUGCCCCUUUUAUCUGCAUUUUCUGAAGUUAUUAGUGCUGAGAUUUGUAAAUGUGUAAAUAGCAAUACCCUGAUACCCUAAAACUUGGAUUAAAAAUGAAUGUUCAUUGUACAUCUUUAAAAGAAUAUUAAUUUAUUAAAUCUAGUUGUCACUUUAUUUUGGACUGUUGUUCCGUUGACGUUUGUGCCACAAAGCAAUACUGCAAGAUGCAAGACCCAUUUUUCUUUUAAAAAAAGAACUUCAUUUUUUUAUGGUGGUCUUGGCCAUUUCCAAAAUGUCAUAUUUGGAAAGCUGAGCGCGCAUUGCAGAUACAAAAAUGAAAUGACCCUUACUGUCAGCAGUAAAACAGCUGUGGCAAAAACACACGAGCUACAUUUGAUUUUUUAAAAUCGUUUUAUUUAACAUCAAAACUGUUGUACAUUUUUUGUUUGAUUAUUUUUUUUCCAUGUGUCUGAAUUUGUAAUAUUGUACAGUAACUGCUAGAUCAAGACAAAUUUUCUCCUUCAAACAAUUUUGGCAUUGCUUGUUUGGCUGUUGAGGCAUUAAUUCCUUGGCAAUGGAAGUCAGGAUUUUAAUGAAUUCCUAAGCACUUAAAUCAAAGUUCAUUAUAGCGAAGUGGCAGGGAUACUUAAAUCAGCUAAUUGAGAAAUUGUGAAAGAAUGUGUUUCUAGCACAUAAGCCAAUAUUUCCUUUAUUUUACAUCUUUGAAACUGUACAGUUUAAGUGCUAACAGGGAUUUAUUUACUCUAGAGAACAGCGAAGUUUAUCUCACAUGUUUAUUAAGAGCGCAAAGAACAUGCUGUGAAAGAACCCUUUUUUUGAAUAGCCUGAAAUGUUUUUACAACCAAAGUUGCAAAUUGUACUAUGGACUUCAUACUGUCUCACAUUAAAAAUGAACAUUUGUAAGUCUAGAAAUGGUCAGCAUUAAUUCUGCAUGGCAGUAAUGCUAGGCAUUUUUUUUUAAUGAAUUAGUAGAUUGUGGGAGAAGAACCUACAUAGUAUUAAUGGUGGGAAAAGGAAACAAAAACAACAGAUUAAAAAAAACCUGGAUCAGUCUUUGCAAUGAUAACACCAAUCAACAAGAAACCCAAAUCAAGUCCACUGAUGUUUGAUAUUUUUAUAUGUAUAAUUAUUUCCUUCAGAUUGCAAUGCAUUUUAAAUGUCAAUAAUUUUGAGACACACAAACUGGAACUAAAGUGUUCAGUACAGUUCGCGUGUGUGGUUGAGAUAGUCAAUGUCCUAUUUGAAAAGCGAGAAAUCAUUUUAGGUGAAUUGUGCAAAGAAACAUUAAUGGUAUGCAGUCGUGUGGCCACUGUGUCCCUGAAAUGUGUAGCUGAUUAGAUGUUUUGAUUAGAGUACCAAGGAUUUUUAUCUGCUUGUAUGUUUUGCGGGGGGAUUUGGAGUCUAGAUUUUGGACAAUCUGCACUUGUGUCCAGUGCAAAUAUAUGACAGAAAAGGGACUGGGGCUAUCAAACAAGAAGCCCAUUAUUGUUGGUUUCUCAACAUUGCCUCAUUUUUGCCAUCUGGGAGCUUGUAAACAUUUUUCCAGUUUUUUUAAAAAUAGAGUAAUGAAAAGAUGGCCAAAAACAUUUGCUUAUUCACUGUAUGCAAAUCUUGAGUCUUUUGUACUUGAUUCUUUGAGACAUAUAAAUAUUACAUACCUAUGUACAACUGAACAAGAUCAUAUUUUCCCUCAAAUACUCCAUUUUGUGGUAACAAAUGUGUUUCAGUCAGUUGCACAAAACCUAUCCUUAACAAUCUUCAUUUGAAAAAAGACAAAAAUGCAAGCAGUCUUAUUACUCCUGGGAUAUUGUGAACAGUGCUGCACUUCCUCCUGUAGCAUUUGGCAGUAUGUUUGUGCUUUUAUUCCAGACAACCUGGUCCUCAAAUCGUUAUUAAAGUUUUUUAAGCAAAAGCCUUGGCACUUGCUUUCUCAUUGCUACUGUUUUAAUAUGACCAGGACUGGGAAUGUUUAAUAAGAUUACAAUUCCCUUUAGAACCAAAAUCACUAAUGCCCUUUCAUCUAGCUGUAAAUACAGUUGGCCCUCCAUUUUUGUGGGCAAUCUGUUCUGGACCCCUCAGUAAAAAUGGAGGCUUGCGUAUGUUCAAAGGAAAUAGCGGAGGUCGCCUGUCAAUGGAUAUUUGAGGGUGUGCAUCUCAGGUCCGCAAAUUAGGAAGAGUGACUGUACUCAGUUUAGGGGGAAUUUGCCGACCCUGAAUUGUUUAAUGAAUAUCAUUUACACAAAUUAAGCACAUUUAUUUAAUAUGAGACACUUCAUUAUCAGUUCCUUCACCUCACCACCAGUUUCAUAUCUGUUUUCAAACUUUUCUUCACUGCAUUAAGGACUAGAAAUGUUCUUUAUUAUGAGUGACCCCCCCCUUCCCUCCCGAGAUUUUCAGGAUAUAUCACCGAAUACAUAUGAUUCUGUCAAAGGAAAGUAUUUGGAAAUUUUUGGUAAUAUAAAAUUUUGUUUAAAGUGGAAACAAUUUAAUUUCUUAAACUAUAUUGUGGAUGUCCCAAUCAAAAGUAAUGUGCUGUGGCUCCACAUGUGCAUUCAGUAUUUGUUGAAUGGCCCCAGUAUUAUAGCAUCCAUUACCUUCUCCAUCCAAUUUUGUGGCCUAGCAUUUAAUUAAUUUUUUUAAAAUUCCUCGAAUAUCACAUUUCAAUACAUUGCUGUGCAAUUUUGGGUCUCUUUGGCAUAAAAUAGUUUCUGCUUCCUUAUAAGAGAGUAAAGUGUCUGUGCCAUGGUUCCUCUUGUACAAAAAAAAAAUGCUGUAUAUAAUCUCUUUAAUGGUCUUCGUGUCAGAAUACAAUGUUCAGUACCAAUAAAAUUCAAUUUACAAAUUUUCUUAA